AUGGCUAAAUUUAUGAUUGUCUUGUGCGCCUUGGUUGCCUGUGCUGCUGCCAAACCCGGUGUAGUUGCUCCUUUGGCUUACACAGCUCCCGUUGCUGCUGCAUACAGCACUCCUUAUGCUGCCGCCUAUGCCGCUCCUUACGCUGCCGCCUAUGCCACUCCAUACGCUGCCGCUUACACCGCUGCCUAUACUGCUCCUUUGGCUUACACAGCUCCAGCUGCCGUCGCCGCUCCUUUGGCUUAUGCUAAUGCUAAUAUCAAACAAAACUACAAUGCCGCUGUUGUCCCAGCCACUUAUGCUGCUGCCGUAGCCCCAGUUGCUGCUCCCGUUGCUCCUCUUAAAUACACCGCUGCUCCAGUAGCCUACACUGCCCCAGCUGCCGUCGCUGCUCCUUUGGCUUAUGCUAAUGCUCCUUUGGAUGCCGCCUAUGCCAGCAGCCGUGUUGAUAUCAAGCAAAACUACAAUGCCGCAGUUGUCCCAGCCACAUAUGCUGCCGCUCCUGUAGCUGCUGCCGUAGCCCCAGUGGCUCCUCUUAAAUACACUGCUGCUCCAGUUUUGUUGUAAA